GGGAGGGAGGGAUUCGAAGAAGAAGAAGCUUUUUUGUUCCGUUCAGUUUAGUUUGGUUUUGAUUUGUUUGUCUGUAGGAAACAGCCAGCCAUUCAGACACGCACCCGGCAACGCGCAGCACUGCUGCACAGCGGAUGCGAGGAACGUUGCCCUGGAAUGCCAUGAAUGGAUUCCCCGCGUCUCCACCUUUGCCAACGAACCCUCGGAUGCGUCAUUUGAUGGAGCAUGGAGCUUGCCGGAGCUCCGCAAGAAGGCAAUGUCUAGGAAAGAAGGCGAUGCAACAACAGCCUGCCAAUUUGAGAGUCGGGUUCAAUGUCGUAGAGGUUGCAGUUAGGGCUUGGUAGCGACCAGAGAAAGUGAAUGUAAUUGAGGUUUCGGGGGGUAGUGUGUGCCGCUGGAGGUCACCGUUGGACAGGAUCGGAGGAGUUGAGGCCUUUUGAAAGUGAUGAUCGGUUGUGCGAGCGGGGCGCCCGCCGCUGCCGGGCCCCCGGUUGCCUCUGCUGCUACUUCUACUGCUGCGCCAUUGCCUGCGCUAGAGUGGAAAUUCUCUCAGGUUUUUGGCGAGCGUGCCAUUGGGGAAGAAGUGCAAGAAGUUGACAUCAUCUCUGCUAUUGAGUUUGAUAAAACUGGAGAGCAUUUGGCGACUGGAGACCGAGGAGGACGAGUUGUGCUGUUUGAGAGGACGGAUGGCAGAGAUCAAAGAACACGAAGAGAAUUGGAAAGGGCAGAUUCCUUGGGCCCGAGACAUCUAGAGUAUCGUUACUCCACUGAGUUUCAAAGUCAUGAGCCAGAGUUCGAUUACCUGAAGAGUUUGGAAAUAGAGGAGAAGAUCAACAAAAUAAGAUGGUGCCAGACCACCAAUGCUGCCCAGUUUCUACUUUCUACAAAUGACAAAACUAUUAAAUCAUGGAAGGUGACUGAAAAGAAAGUGAAACAGGUGAAGAAUCUGAAUCUGGAUCCUGGAGCUAUGCAAAGGAAUGGAAAUGCUAUGGUAUCUAGCAUGGUUCUCAACCCUAAGGGUUUUGCCCCACGCUUGUCGAUGAAUGGAGAUGGUGUGAAUCGACCCAUACCUGACAUUUGUCCCGAUUUCGCAUUUCCACCUGGAGGGUUCCCGUCACUUCAUCUUCCCGCGGUACUAUGGAGCAAUGAAACGGCACUAAUUGCCAGAUGUAGAAGAGUCUACGCAAAUGCUCAUGCAUAUCACAUCAAUUCCAUAUCCAACAACAGUGAUUGUGAAACAUUCAUCUCUGCUGACGAUUUAAGGAUAAAUCUGUGGAACUUUGAAGUUAGUGACCAAAGUUUCAACAUCGUUGAUAUUAAACCAACCAACAUGGAAGACCUUACGGAGGUGAUAACAUCUGCAGAGUUUCAUCCUUCUCAUUGCAACAUGUUAGCAUACAGUAGCAGCAAAGGGUCCAUUCGCCUCAUCGAUAUGCGUCAAUCAGCCUUAUGUGAUCGACACUCAAAGCUGUUUGAGGAGAAUGAGCCUGCUGGAGCGAGGUCGUUUUUCACAGAAAUUAUUGCUUCAAUUUCUGACAUCAAGUUUGCAAGAGGUGGUCGGUACAUUCUAAGUAGGGACUACAUGACUCUCAAGCUAUGGGAUAUCAACAUGGAAUCUGCCCCCGUGGCUACAUUCAAAGUCCACGAGUAUUUACGACCAAAGCUUUGUGAUCUCUACGAGAACGACUCUAUUUUCGACAAGUUUGAGUGUUGUCUUAGUGGCGAUGGCACGCGUGUUGCAACUGGUUCUUACAGCAAUUUGUUCCGAGUGUUUGGGACCUCCUCUGGAAGUGAGGAGGCGUCUACCUUGGAAUCUAGCAAAACUCCAAAUAGGCGAGUUAUGACACCUUUCUUAAAACCUGGAAGUCGACUUGCGAAUCUUGCGCGAGGACGGCGCGAGAAUCGUCGAGUUAGUGAAAGUCCAACUGCAGACAUGAAUGGCGGAGUGCAUGAUUUUUCGUCAAAGCUUCUGCACUUAGCAUGGCAUCCAACAGCCAAUUUAAUCGCGUGUGCUGCAUCCAACAGCUUGUAUAUGUACUACGCCUAAGAUCACUUGUUUUCUCAGUAAAAUUAUCUCCUAUUCACUUA